GGAACAUAAAAAGGCACUCAAUGCUAAUUAAGGUAACAGUAAGAAUACAUUAAAAAUGAAUACUGAGUUAUACAAAUAUCUAAAGUUAAAAUACAAUUAAAGGACGUAAACUUAGUUAUAACAUGUGGGCAAUACAGUUAUCCCAACUCAAAAACAAUUUCGCCAAAAUUUGGCCAAAAAGAUAAUGUUAUCGUUGGCCUGAAAUUAUGACGUACCACAACCGUUAACAAACUAUUGCCCUGCAUUGCCACAAAUUGGCAAGAAUAGUGGAGAUAAUCAUUACAUAAAUGCAAAUAUCUUUGAAUAAUUACAUACAUUCGCUGCUUAAUGAACGGAGGUAAAAGCAUAUCUACUCGGUACCUAUAUGGCCAUUUUUGUUUUCACGAGACGGCGCUUAUCAAAGCUGACAUCACUGACCGAGGUUAACAGUAACAAUAAUUAUUAUAAAGUACAAAUUCUUGGAUAAGCAAGUCAUGGUUAGCGAAAUAAAUUAUAUCAACUUAUCACACAUACACGUACCUACUCUGUUUGCCCUUACUAUCUCGGUUUAAGAAACUUUUGAUGUGAUAACAGGCUUCUAGCAUAUCUAACUUAUUCUAAAAUAAAGCUGAUUUGAUAAAACUUAACAAAAAUCUAACAAUUAGAAACACGUACGGACUUUGCCCUGAUAGGUAAAUAGAAAGUGAUUGAGAGAUUAGAACAUUCUUGUUUCGACUCUUGACCACAUUUCCACUUCAUCUCCAACCUUAAAAACUGGACGAUGAAAAUACCUUCUUGGGCGAAUUAAAUUUAAAUCUUAAUUAGUUUGACCGCACACUUGUCUGAAGCACUGGGUUGUUUCAUUCAGGAAUGUCACUGAGACGGAUUCCACCCGGUCGUCGGUACAUACGUUCCUGCAGGGGUAGUUCCCCGACCAGGAACCGUUCUAAUGCUUUGAUGGCCAUGCGUGAGUGUCCCGAGCUACGGAAGGCGGUGCUCGCAUCGUGACCCGCGUACUCAAACAUGAUGUCGGCUCCACCAGGGUGCUCAUCAAAGAAGUUGGUGAUGUCGUAUACUCGAUCGUAUAUGACCACCCAGCAAUCUUGCGGUGAGUCAUGUAGCCUGACUUCUGCCAGGGUGAUCGUGCGAUCUUUAGCCUCCGGUGCUCCCGGGACUAUCUGAUCUUGCCAUUUGCUUUGUUUGGUCUCUACCGACCAAGGGUUCACGAAGCGCAGAGCUGCCAUCGUCAGCGCCAUCAGAUCAAUUUCUGAUUGCUCCUGCUGCACUGGUAGAGAUGCUGAGAGGCUCAUCUCAGUAGGGGUCUGUACUGCUGCCAUCUUGAUUGAUUUCGAUAUUUUAACAAAAAAAUCUUCUUGACUCGUCUCGUCGACCAGACACG